GUUCGUCGAUCUUCGCCUCCGUCGAUCCUUGGCACCUCACACAGGGACAAUAACAUGCUGCUACCGCAAGAUAUGAUGGCAGCUCAGUCGAAGAUGCUCUACCAGAUGAACAAAUACUACGGCGAACGUGUGCAAGCUCGCAUGGGCCAGGUACAGAAGACGAUAAGAGAGGUGUGCAAAGUUGUUCAAGAGGUGUUGAAGGAAGUGGAGGUGCAGGAACCACGGUUCAUCUCUUCGUUGACCGAGUGCAACGGCCGUUACGAGGGCCUCGAAGUGAUCUCGCCAGGUGAAUUCGAGGUGGUCCUCUACCUGAACCAGAUGGGAGUAUUCAACUUCGUCGACGACGGCACCCUGCCGGGCUGCGCCGUGUUGAAGCUCAGCGACGGACGGAAGAGGUCUAUGUCACUGUGGGUAGAGUUCAUCACCGCCUCUGGCUACCUGUCCGCCAGGAAAAUUCGAUCGAGAUUUCAAACGCUCGUGGCACAGGCCUGCGACAAAUGCACCUACAGAGACUCGGUGAAGAUGAUAGCCGACACUACCGAGGUGAAACUUCGUAUCAGAGAGAGAUACGUGGUGCAGAUCACACCUGCGUUCAAAUGUUCAGGCGUGUGGCCGAGAUCAGCGGCGCACUGGCCCAUUCCGCACAUUCCCUGGCCGCAUCCUAAUCUCGUGGCGGAGGUGAAAACGGAAGGUUUCGAUCUGUUGUCGAAGGAGAGCGUGGCCCUUCAGGGGAAACAGUCCGCGAUGGAGGGCGACGCAUGGGUGUUGUCUUUCACCGAAGCGGAGACCAGAUUGCUGCAAGGUGGCUGUCGAAGACGAUGUUUGAGUAUUCUGAAGACUCUGAGGGACAGACACUUGGAUCUUCCGGGGAAUCCGGUCACCAGUUACCACAUGAAGACUCUGUUGCUGUACGAGUGCGAGAAACAUCCCUUGGAGACCGAAUGGGACGAAGGAUGUUUGGCCGAUCGUAUAAACGGGAUCUUUCUACAGCUGAUAUCCUGCCUUCAGUGUCGAAGAUGUCCGCACUAUUUCCUGCCUAAUUUGGAUCUGUUCAAAGGGAAGUCGCCGAGUGGUUUGGAGAACGCGGCUAAACAAGUGUGGAGACUGACCAGAGAGCUACUGACGAAUAGUCGCGCACUGGAGAAGCUUUAG